CAUCCUAGGAUAUAAAUGUGUCUGCUCGCAGGCUUAUUUAACAAGGUCAAGUUCAUAUUGUUUAUCAGAACAGGACGUCCUAGGAACCUUCUCGUAGUAACGGUACAGGGUAUCCGGUCGACCAUGUGAUAUUGAGAAAAUGUCUAAGUUUAAAGAUGAUUGUGAUAUUAACGCCCGUGACCAGGAUGUUAAAGUCCCACUACGCAGACGGAUGUCAUCAGGAGACCUACCUUUGAUGACUUUACCUGGAUGGGCGAAUGAAAUUCCUUUGAAAACAUUAGUUCCGACACCUGAUGAUCUACUGACCCCAGAAGAAAGUUUUUAUAUCGGAAGAGUCAGUUGUUCAGCCCACUCGUCCGUCUGUAAGGAUGACGGGACGGAAAGUCGACACCACAUCAGGUUGACGGAGGUAGCUCCCUCGAAACAGCAGUAUAAUUGGAGGAAAUAAUCAUGACGCCUGGAAACCCUCUCUUCGCCUUUUUACCUCAAAAAAGCAAAGUCACAAUCUUGAUAAGUCAUGCUCGAAACGUAUACGAUCAUACUACAAGGCUCAAGAUGAGUUGAUCGAGGCGUACGAAGAGAUCCAGUUGGAAAUAGAUGAUGACAUGGCUAAUGCUGAAGCUGUGACAGUACUCCGCCGUAAAGCAGUGUUCUACGCCAAGCUAAGUCUAUUUACCAACGUGCUCUUGUUUGUGGCCAAGGCGAUAGCGUCUGUCCUAUCAGGCUCCAUAUCCAUCAUUUCCAGUCUAGUGGACAGCAGUGUUGACCUAGCUGCAGGGCUUGUUAUCUGGAUCACAGCUAGAAUGGUUCAACGAAGAGACCCAUAUGUUUACCCCCAAGGUCGGACAAAACUGGAGCCCAUUUCCAUCAUCAUUCUUUCCGUGAUUAUGAGUUUUGCUUCUGUUCAAUUAAUCCGUGAAUCUGUGGAAAAGAUAUUCGCUUUAUAUGAUCACGGUAGCGACCCACCAACGGUUGACAUCCCUACCAUAGUCAUCACAUUGUCAGCUGUAGUAUCGAAGCUGGUAUUGUUCCUUCUUUGCCGCCGUAUUCGCAGUCCUAGCGUUCAGGCCUUGGCCCAGGACCACAGAAAUGACAUUGUCUCCAAUAGCUUUGCUAUAAUCUUCGGCUACCUAGGUUCUACUCAACUUUUGAACAAGACUGGAGAAUAUGGCUUGGUGUACAUGGACCCUAUAGGAGCUAUGGUCAUUUCUAUAUACAUCAUAAUUAGCUGGUGCAUAACCGGAUACACUCAAAUAAAGCAUCUUACAGGCCACACAGCCAAGCCAGAUUUUCUGAAGAAGUUGACGUGGAUUUGUGUUAACCACCAUCACAAGGUGUUGUUUGUUGACACGGUCAGGGCUUUCCACUUCGGCAGCAAUUUCCUAGUUGAAGUGGACAUCGUGCUUCCGGAAGAAAUGAAAUUGGUCGAAGCGCAUGACAUCGGAGAAGCGCUUCAAAAGAAGUUGGAGCGUUUGUCAGACGUAGAGAGAGCAUUUGUUCAUUUGGAUUACGAAUACGAGCACAAGCCGUCCAGUGAACAUAAAACAGUCUAGGUCCUGAAGAGAAGACUUUUAACAUAAUUUGUUCAAUAUGCUUGUGGUGUGCAUUUAGGGGUAUUUACACUUUUGUUUAAUUUUACAAUAUUAUCACAAAUCUCCUUUGAUGAUUUUAAUUCUAUUGCAUUUGGGUAAUAAUUUACAUAUCAAAUACAUGCAUAUAUUGCUAUGUAAAUAUUUAUUUCAUGAAAUUUAUUUCUGAAUUUUAAUUUGUAGUAGUUUAUUGUACUGUCGUUCUUAGUAUUAUUUUCACAUUAUAUCUUAUUGUUAUAUUUACCCGUCGAAAGUUCAAGUAGUGCAAAGAUAAUUUAAAAUAACGAUUAUACUUCAUUCCUGUUAGUACGUUGAUUGCAUUUUCUUUCCAAUUGCUGUUUAUUUCUAAGCUUUUUUUUAUGAAUAUCCGCCCUCAUAUUAACCCUGGUUGUUGCAGAGGCGUUAUACCCCAUAGGAAACACAAACUAUUACUUGCAUCGACACGUAUGAAAACAACAGAGAAUACCAAUAUAGUAACGAAAAAGCAUUUUUUAACUCAAAAUCGAUAAACCAGAACACAAUAUGAAUAACAAAAAUAUAUAUUUUCAUGGAGACCCAUGGAGCACAAUGAGAAUACAACCAGGUGUUCCGACGGGUAAGCGUCUUCUGCUUCAUCACUACACCCGCCAUACAAAUCUUGCUCACGGCGACACCCGCCAUACAAAUCUAGGUCAAAUCAACGACACCCGCCAUACAAAUCUAGGUCAAAUCAAGGUUAAUUCAUAAAUAGUUGUGUCAGCGUUAGGUGGUGUCACCCGAUGUUUUGAAAUGCCUUUUGACCUAUCGUAAGGUUUUUUACGUCACCUCCUUGGCAUAAAAAAAUAGUUUGUUUUGCAUCACUGAAAAAUAUUGUGUGAUGCAGUUUUAUUUUUGGCUGAAGUGUAUCUCCAUUUGUAUUGGAAGGAUUCAAGGGAGCUCAUACAUUGUUUGUCUUUUGUAGAGUACCUUCGAUAUACAAUUUUGUAUAUGUCAGCAAAAGCUUUGUUUCUCUGCAUCAAACGUCAAGGCCAUAAGUACAUCCUCAUAACAGCGUGCUGUAAUAAGUACGUACUUUUUAUCACACAGAUGUCAUUGAUGUUAAAUGUCGCAUUAGUUUAAACGCACUGCUGCUUUGGUUGCUCAAAUUUUAGUUCAAUGUUGAAUUGAUGCACCAAUAAUAAUUGUUGUAGAAACAAUUUAGCAGAAGUUGCAAUCUGUGCAAUGAUAAUUUAUUUGAAUGUUUUCAGUGCGAAAUAAGGUUAUCGCAAGGUUAAUGUUUUUUUACAGUAAGAACGACUUCAAAUAAGAUACGGAAUGUGAGUGUGCCUUAGGAAGGAUAUGCUGCAUUUAUACUGGAAUAAAAAAAGUCAAAAUCUAUCAUAUGUUUAAAAAUUGCAUGUUUUAUCUUUUUAAGUAUUAAAAUAAAUAAGAGGUACAGCUAAUUAGCUACUUAUUAUAUUUAUUAUAUAUGUUACUUUUUAAUUAGUUUUAAUAAUAUUUUUAUUGAAAAUAAUUAUUUUGAAUUUGAUUGUUGUUUAUAUAAUAAUGUUGAUAUGCCUCGAAGGGUCUAUUUUGCAUUCCUGUUUUAUUACAGUUACGUUUAUAUUGUGCUAUUGUUAGAAAUUCAAAGCCUUAACCUAACAAUAUCGUAUUAUCAGUAGUUUAGGUGCAUCGUACAUGAGUAUUGUAGGGAAUCGUUCUCUGUUUGGUAUUGGUGCUAGACAAUUAUUUAAGGCGUUCCACUGAUACAUGUAGUUAACUGGUUUCCACUGAUACAUGUAAUUAACUGGUUUCCACUGAUACAUGUAAUUAACUGGUUUCCACUGAUACAUGUAAUUAACUGGUUUCCACUGAUACAUGUAAUUAACUGGUUUCCACUGAUACAUGUAAUUAACCUGUUUCCACUGAUACAUGUAAUUAACUGGUUAUGAUAUUUUUUGUAGCCCUAAAUUCCUUUGAUUCACAUUUUACAUCUAUAUAUGGAUAUUAAUUAAAUGUUUAAAAAUUACGAACACUAGGCAAUUAUGAGGUUUGAAUCUGUUUGGUUAGUUUGCUUACUGAUUAGAAAAAGCAAAUUCAAAUACAUGCAAAUAGCGUUUAUACUAUACACAUAUAUAUGGACAUUUUUGAUAUAUUUUAAGAGGUCGUAACCAACCAACAAACUAAGAUAGCAAAACACUUAUACAGCAGCAACAACACACGUCUUGGCCAUGCAAUUUGCUAUUGUACAGUAUAUACUUAGUCGCGGUUGAAUACACCAGGUAAUAAAACAUGAUUCUCUUUUGUCAAAUGUAAUGGAAUUUUAAUUAUAACAUUUGCUUAUUCUUCACAGGGAAGCAUUGAUUCACAUGAUAAGAAGAUGAGUUGGAUAAGUAAGUCAUAUUUUACGAAUAAAUAUUUUACGAAGUAAUAUUUGACGAAUUUAUUCAGCAAUUUUGCAUGUAUUCAUAUCACUAUUAAAAUGGAUGUAGAGCUAUCUCAACACACGCUUACUGUAAACGUACUUUGUUUCGCGCGCUAAAUCUAUUUCAUAUGGAAACAGAGUAUAUAAAGUGCAAUCAGCGCAAUCAUAAUUUAGUGUAAUACUUAAAGCGGGAAGAGCGCUAGAAUAAGAUUAAAAUAUGUACGAUAACAGUAUAUAUUGAUGUUGAUUAUAACUUGUUAUACUGUCAAAACUGAAAGUAUGCAUUAAUCCUAUUAAAAUUGAGACCAUU